CACGCCCCCUUUUCACAGCAUGGACUCGUAGGCUGGCGGACGUGACCCCUAAAUCGAGCAGUUUCGACCGCAGAUUUCGGCGCAAAUCGAACUGCGACUGACGGACAUUGUGUUGCAGACCGAUGCGGACACUCAACCGCAGGACUUAGCCAAACCGGGGGCGGCAGGAAGUGGCCAUGCUGGCCCAAAAACUCAUCUCGAGGACGGCGGGUCGACCGCUGAUUCGAACCCUCUUGGUUCAACAACACGGCCUCCUCCGCACCAACAGACUGACCACUCCACUGACCCAUCUCUCUAAUUUUCAGACCCAAAACCAGCAAUUCCGGUGGCGAGAAAAUACUCAUCUGGGACAAGUUCCAAAUUUGAUCGGAUGCCAAAGCCGAGGCUUCGGGACGAGCGACCAGCCCAAAGAAAAUAAUACAAAUGAGCCCAUCGAGGAGAAGAAGCUGUCGCUGUUUCAAAAGUUCAAGCAGAUGUACAAAGAGUACUGGUACGUCCUGCUGCCGGUGCACUGCGCGACGUCGGCCGUGUGGGUCGGCUGCUUUUACUACAUCGUCCGCAGUGGCGUCGACGUGCCUUCGUUGCUGCAAACGCUUCACGUGCCGGACAAGGCCCUCGAGUUCAUCAAAAACAACUCCAGCACCGGACACUUGGCCGUUGUGUACGCCCUUUACAAGGUGGCCACCCCGGCCAGGUACUUCGUCACCGUCGGAGGCACCACCUUUGCCAUCAACAAGCUCAAGAAGUUGGGCUACAUCAAGCCGAUGCCAAACCGCGAGCAGCUCAAAGAGAUGUACCAAGAGCGCAGAGACAACUUUAAGGAGAACAUUAGUGAGCGGAAGGAAAACUUUAUGCAGAAGUUCCAAAGCAAAAAGGAAUGACUGCCAUGUACAGAUUUAUGUUAAUAUAGUGUUAAUGUUACCUUGUUGUGAGAUCAUUGGUUAAAUAAAUUAUAAAUUAUCUUAUAAUUGGUUUUGAAAUGUAGGCUCAAUUUUUGAGAAUAUAUAUUUUGCUUAUCUUGAAUUGUAUUCUUUUGAUUCUAAAUUGUGUAUUGGUGCUUUGCCACAGCUGAAGAAUUUAUCUAUAUUGAGGCUCGUGCAAAUUGAACAAUAAAAUUAUUUUGAAAACUA